AUGGACGGCACAGUCGCCGUGUCGAACGACCGAACACCAUCGUCUUCACAGGCCAUUGCCCAAGGGCAUCCAUCAAGACGUGACAAUCAGUCUGUAUCUUCAACUUACUCUCGAACAAGCGACCGAGAUCGCGAGCGAGGCAGCAGGUCCAAUGGCAAUCCACAAGUCGAACCCGCCGUUACACGCCUGUUGGUCUCUAUCAAACAGCUACUCGAAGCACUAACUCUAUGGAGCUCCCUCAAGAUGACCGAGACACAGGUCAGCGACGUCUACGUUCGCCUUGGAAAUGACUUCAACGCCGCAGUGGCCGCCUUCAGGUCAUUCAACAUCGACAUGACUGAGCUCCUCUCGGUCCCCGAGGAUCUUCGUGUCGUUUUGGAGCAAUGUCUAUCUGAGGAAGCCACGCCAUCAAACCUCGAGAUAUAUUUACCUACGGUUCGUCAAAUUAUCACAAAUUUGCUGCAGGGCCUUCGCAGCAAGCAGUCUGUCUAUCGGCGGAUUGUCUCGGACCGAAAACACCGUACAGCGGAUUCGCAGGGGUCUGAGCGUGAAGUGCGGGCACCGCGUUCGUCGAGAGCAGAUAGUAUGGGGAGCUCUUCGAGACAUCACCGAUCAGCAGCGAGUAGUGAAGUUGGCUCUGUUCGCGGUUCAACCUUGGAAGGACAGCAGAGACGCGUAACAUCGUCCUCUAGGAAAAAGGAGCCUGUAGCGCAACUUCCACCGCCACCACCUCCGGUAGACGACCCUUACUUUGCUGGUGGAUUUGUACCUCCGAAAACACCUGCAGCGGACGAGGAACGCAUCCAGGCUCGUCGGAUUGAAUUAUCUCGUUCUGAAGGUCUACCUCAGCGCGUGCCAACUGACCGGCAGGAGAGUUCUCGACCGCGCAGUGCGACUCCGAGCUCGGCCUUCAGAAGUGGCGACGAUCCUAACGAUGCGACAAUUACACUUUCUCCCAGGCAACAACCUCCCCCAAUACCGGAUACUCCACCCGUCCCCCCGAAUGUCAUACGCUAUUCGUUAACCGAUAAUCCUGUGCCUUCAGUUGUAGUGGAUGACGCUACACCUCCUCAAUCAGCUGAUAAUAUUGCUGGAAUGGCUCAAAAUCGUCAAAGUUCGUCGACAGUUGACACAGGCUCAACACCACCAGAGACACCUCAAUAUGAUGCUACUCAAGCACCUGUAAUUGAAAGCUCGCUUGCUGCUCUGAAGAAGAGUGAUGCACUGGAGAGGCGAGCAUCAAAGCGGUUCUCAACGUAUAACAUCUCAAAAAUGACAGGCACUGGGAGAGAACGAUCAGGAUUAGGCAGAACUGCAAAUAGGCGAUCAAUGGCUGCCGACUCGCAUCUGACACCUGGUGAAUUGAAUGUAUUAACCGAAGAAGAUGAGAGCCCCGUAUCUGGAAAGGAUGCUUUUGGUGCACGAAAUAGGAUGGUUCACACGCCGUCACCAGUCGAUGAGGAAGUACCUCCGUUGCCUCCAUUGCCGAGCACCUCAGCUUCGUCGCAAUCUAGUCUUAUUCCUCCCUCAUUGAUAUCAAAGGACAAAUCCGAAUCCACAGUGAAGCGUCAGUUGUCUGUCAAACGGGAUGGGUCAACUGAAAAGGUCGGAAGCCCUGAAUCCAAUGCGCUUACAGUCUUCUUACAGCUCGGUCGAGAAGUAAAGAAAGUCACCAUCGAAAGGGGCCUAUCAUUCUCGUCUCUUCGUGUCCUGUUUGUGGACAAGUUUUCGUACAGCCCUGGCAAGGACAAUUUCCCAGAGAUUUAUAUACGCGAUCCAUCUAGUGGUGUUAUGUAUGAACUAGAGGACGUCGAAGAAGUCAAAGACAAAUGCCUCUUGUCGCUAAACAUAGACCCUCUGGACCAAAUUAAGCAGCAUAUUGAUCAACAAAUGUCGAGCUUAACGCAAGAGCUAAAGGAUCUACGAAGUACUGUCGGCACGUCAAAACGAAUGUCCCAAUUACCGCAUCCACCCCCUAUCGUCACGCAUGCAUUUGCCGAAAAUGAUACACCUGUUGCACGACCUACUGAGAAACAGCUACAGAGUGUUGCUCGCCGUUUGUCACGUUUGGUUGUCCAUAAAGGCGAAUCAUCACCUCCACCACCAUCGAAUGGCAUUGUGCCACAAAUGACAGGAAGCGGACUUCAACCUCAAUGGACUGGAGCUUCAGUGCUCUCAGAAACCUCAGGGCGGAUAGUCAGCGAUCUGAAGACUCAGUUUGAUGAAGUACAGAAUCUCCGUCGAGAUUUAGGUGUGAUGCGGCAGCUUUACGUGGACUUUAUGUCGCAGACGAAGGAGUCUUUGAGCUCACUUCGAUCUCAAACACACGCUGUCCGACAGUUGUCCAACACGAAGGUGGGCGGUGCACGUGAGUACAUCACCGCAGGCAAGACGAACCUGGACACGCGUACGCAGAACGCGCUUACUCGGGUCGAGGAGUUACAAGAUACUGUUGAGAACCUAAAGGAGGACGUACUCAAGCGAUUUGUCAGUCCACGCUCGAACGUCGUCAAGACAGUCGAGAAGGAAAUAGCAGAGGUUUCUGCCGAGCUAGAAUCUCUCAAGGAAUACAUCGGAACAGUGAAACCGAUGUGGAAGAAGACCUGGGAGGAGGAGCUCCAAAAUAUCGUUGAGGAGCAACAGUUCCUUACGCAUCAGGAGGAAUUCCUUCAAGAUUUGCUUGAAGACCAGAAAGCACUCAUAGAGGUCUACGGGCAUGUAGAGAAGGUGAUCACACUUCGUGGCUCUGGAGCAGGCCGUUCUCGAUCAUUCAAGCCUCCACCACCGGACGAAGGACACGGAGGACUCAGCACAGUAAUGAUGGAAAUCCGAUCCGCAGCAGUUGACCCACAACGGCGUAUGAAAGCAAUAGAAGCAAGCAAGAAGAACCGCGAACGUGAAAUGGCCGAUCGCUCAGACGAAUUCGAGGCUGAGCUGAAAAGCUUCGUCUCGGGGAAGAAGUUGAAGUUGACAGGAGGAGCGGAUGAGAUUGAACGUGUAAGGCAAAAACGGAAUGACUUGGCGUUAAAGGCGAUGUUUAAUAGUAGUCAGUCGAACGUGUCGUCGACUGGUGGUGCGACUACCCCGACUUCGUCGAGCUUCCCUGAUAAUGCUGGUUCGGAAUCGCCGGCGAGUCCGACUAGCUAAGGAUUGUGGUAGUUAAUGUCAUCCUUAUGUUUCUUUUGUCUUCUUUCCCCUCGUAGUAAUCUGAUCCUUUUUCUUUUUGUUGCCUAAUCACUGUAUCGUUCUUUCCAUCACGUAGAUCUUGACAAUUGCUUGUGUAUUUAUGCCCUAGGAUGUUUGUUACGCCUUUUGUAUGC